UUUUUGGUUGAACUAUAUUAAGAAAAUUAUGCCUUACACAGAUAUGUAAUUGGAAAAGGGAGGGGUAUUUUAAGAGGUAAAUAACAUGAAUCAUAGUAGCAUUAUGAAAAUAGUUUUGACCUUAAGGACCCCCUGAAAAGGUCUCUGGGACCAUCAGGAUUCAGGGACCACAUUUUAUAAACCCUAACCCAGAUAAUCCAUACUACUGCUAUCUUAUCUCUAAGAAUACUUCCCAUAUUCACUGAAUAUAAUUUGUAGGUUUGGUUAUUUGUAGCUUGCCUCUCAUUAGAAUGUGAGCUCCUUGAGGUCAGGAACCCAGUUUCUGUCUUUCUUUGUAUCCCCAGGGCUUAGCACUGGGCCUGACCCAGUGGAGGCACUUAAAUCUUCUUGAUAGUAAUGAGAUAUACUCUAAAAUCCCGUCUCCCUCUACAAGUUAUGAACUAAGUACUCCUGAGGAUGGUGAUGGGAUUCUUUUGCAGGUUUUGAGCUUAUUUUGAGAAUUUGCACUUCUCCCCUCAGAGAGCCCUCCCCUUCUCUAUUUCAUGUCUCUCUGUAUGUCCCUCCCCCACAAAGCAAUAUUUAAAUUUCCAGCUAACCUCAAUGCCACAGUACUAAAGGACUUCUUAAACUGGGGACCUUACCCCCCCCCCCCCAUUUUGAUAGCUAUUUCCAUAUGACUGGAUUUCUUUUUGGUCAUCCUAUGUAUUUUAUUUUAUGCAUUUAAAAACACCAUUCAGUGAAGUGUUUCUUAGGCUGCACCAGAUUGCUAAAGGGGUCCAAAUCCAAAAAACAUUUAAGAACUCCUGAAUUCCAGGGUCUCCAGCUUGAGCCUAGAACAGGGGGCACACAAGGAGGGAGAGUGAUUGGUAAGGUCCUAAAGAACAUAUGGAUUCAUCACACCCACAUUUUCUCUAUUUUUUCAGAAGUCAAUAAAAAUUUUUGAGAGCCUACUAUGUGCCAGGUCCUGUGUUAAAUUUUGGAGAUAUAAAGAGAAGGAAGGAAGGAAGGAAGGAAGGAAGGAAGGAAGGAAGGAAGGAAGGAAGGAAGGAAGGAAGGAAGGAAGGAAGGAAGGAAGGAAGGAAGGAAGGAAGAAAGGAAGGAAGGAAGGAAGGAAGGAAGGAAAGGGAGGGAGGGAGGAAGGGAGGAAAGGGAGGGAGGAAGGGAGGGAGGGAAAAAGAAUCCUUCCUCUCAAGUAGCACAGUCUAAAGGGGGAGAUCACAAACAACUACAUACAAAUCAGCUAUUUUACAUGGGAUUAAUUGGAGGUAAUCAACAGAAGAAAGGAAUUAGAAUUAAGGGGAAUCGGGAAAAGCUUCCUGCCUUUCUCCCGCCUAAGGGAGCAGGCACCACCUCCCAAAGCUAAGAAGGGGUCCAGGGGUCCGGAGAAACGAAUUCCAACUCUCAACAUUCCCUACAGGAAGACUACAUCUCAAAGUGUUUCUCUUCCAGAGGAGGAGGGAGAUGGGGAGAGAAACAAAUCUCUCUUCUGCCGCCAAGAAGUCCGGCUGGGAUACUCAUGCUCCUCCUGGAGACUAGCAAGGAUCCUCAUCUAUGGAGAAAGACUUUUUCCUUCCCUCUUCCAAAUUCCUUAAAAAAAAAAAGACUGAAAAAAAGGGGAGGGAAGGAGAACAUUUGGUGGUCUCACGUGGUUGGCCUGGUGCUGAGUUUAAAGCAGAAAGAAAUCCGAAUAGGGUUCCUGUUUCCCAAACUGAGCCAAUCCUACACUUUAAGAAUAGCCCUGGCUAACCAGUCAUGCCACCCGCCUAAGCUCGGAGCCUAUUCAGCGUGACUCGGGCCCUUCCACUCAAGUCUGACUCUCCUUGGGAGAGUCCUUCCAACCCUUUUCUUCUCCCAUCUCAGACGAAUAAUUCUCCUCUUACUCUCUAAAUGGGUAUUUUAAUAUACCUAGAAGGAAGAUGAAUCUUUCCCAAAGAAAGAUAAAAGUGGAAAUUCAAUAUGCCUUACAGUGAGUUUCUUCCCCAAAGUGAAUAAGGGGUACGUUAAAAAAAAAGUUUCUUAAAAGUUUCCUUCCCCCCUCCUCCUUCCCCUCCCCUAAGGAAUCCGCCCAAAGCGCUCCAGACACAGCCUCCCCCUAAACCCUCCCCCGCCCCCUUUCGACUUCUGACCAAUCGAAAGAAAGCUACAGAGAAAACAAAGGCUUCCAUUGGAUUUGGCUGAGUCGCUGAGACCCGCCCCCUUGGGUGGUUUGUGAAUGGGGUGGAGGGGAGCAAAGGAGGCGGGGCUCCCUGGAACACAGCGAGAUAUACUCUUCCUUUGGGGAGUGCGGCGAGUUGGAAUUCGUUCCUUUGGACCCUUCGAUCCCUUCUCGGCUCUGGGAGGUGGCGCCUGGAGCCGCCGCUGGGACCGAGUGGCAGAAAGGGCCUGGGGGCUGCACGUCGGACUGCCACGCGAGCCUGGGGCCGGUGCCACAGAGGGAAUCAAAGUGGGGGGAGGCCCGAGGCGUCCAGUAAUUGGAUUUCCCAAACUUAUUGAACUCUCCGAGGAAAGACGCGGAUAAAGCUCGAAGCAGGAAUAAUCCGUUUAGCUGGAGCUUUGGUCAGAGCCCGUGGGGCCGCGAGCUGCGAGGAGUGGAGGGAGGAGCAGGAGGAGACAGCGACUGGAGAAAAGAGAGGCGAGGCGAGAAGGAGGAGGAGGAGGCGGCUGCAGAGGAAGAAGGAGGAGGAGCUGCUGGAGUAGAGGCGGCGGCGGCGGCGGCUGCAGCCAGAGUGAGCCAGUGGCUGCUCCAGCCCCGUGCUUGGCGGGGACAGACUUUGGGCUUUUGCGGGGGGAGGGGGAGAGAGGGAGACGAGAUCGGGAAGGAGGAGGAGAUUAAAGGGACCUCGGGAAACUUUCGAACGUAAUCGGAGGCGCUUGUUGCUUCUCGACCCAGAAAGACGAACCGUUACGUCCCGGCUUGGCAGGGUGGGGUGGUGGAGGGGAAUCUCUCCUCUGCUGGCCUCAAGGAAGAGCAGAAGAGCUUGGAACUGGUGGGGAAGCGAUCUCCGGAGCCCGAGUGGCUGACUGCUUAUUAAACCUCACCCCGGGGUGGGAGGGGGACGAUUGCUUCACCCUUGGCUUGACACCUUCCUUCCUACCCCCGGACCCCUGCCCUUGUUCUUGGAGACCCGCCUCUGGACUCUCAUGUGCGGGGAGCAGCGGCGACGCCUCCCCAGGAUCCCCUCCUCGCCUCUUCAGACGCCUAAGCCGGCUUCCCCGAACUCUGGGUGAGGAGCGCGCUUCUCUCACGGCUUGCAAUGCUGGGCCUAGGCACGGCCGUCCCCUCCGCCUCGCUGGGCCUGUGCGCCCUAGUGGGCGCCGCGCUGCUGGGCUUGCUGCCGGCGGGCUCGGGGGCUCAGCCCUACCACGGCGAGAAAGGAAUCUCGGUGCCAGACCACGGCUUCUGCCAGCCCAUCUCCAUCCCUCUUUGCACCGACAUUGCCUACAACCAGACCAUUCUGCCUAACCUGCUGGGCCAUACGAAUCAGGAGGACGCCGGGCUGGAGGUGCACCAAUUCUACCCGCUAGUGAAGGUGCAGUGCUCUCCCGAACUGCGCUUCUUCCUGUGCUCCAUGUACGCUCCCGUGUGCACCGUCCUGGAGCAGGCCAUCCCUCCCUGCCGUUCCCUGUGCGAGAGGGCCCGCCAGGGCUGCGAGGCGCUCAUGAACAAGUUCGGCUUCCAGUGGCCCGAGCGGCUCCGCUGCGAGAACUUCCCCGUGCACGGCGCGGGCGAGAUCUGCGUGGGGCAGAACACAUCAGACAGCGCUGGAGGAGCGGGCGGAGGCCCUACAGCCUACCCCACUGCGCCCUACCUGCCGGACCUGCCUUUCACGGCUCACCCCCAGGUGCCGGGACGGCUUUCCUUUCCUUUCUCCUGUCCCCGCCAGCUGAAGGUGCCUCCCUAUCUAGGCUACCGUUUCCUAGGUGAGCGGGACUGCGGGGCCCCGUGCGAGCCGGGUCGGGCCAACGGGCUCAUGUACUUUAAGGAGGAGGAGAGGCGCUUUGCCCGACUGUGGGUGGGCGUGUGGUCCGUACUGUGCUGCGCUUCCACGCUCUUCACCGUGCUCACCUACUUGGUGGACAUGCGGCGCUUCAGCUACCCGGAGCGGCCCAUCAUUUUCCUGUCCGGUUGCUACUUCAUGGUGGCUGUGGCCCACGUGGCCGGCUUCCUUCUGGAGGACCGGGCAGUGUGCGUGGAGCGCUUCUCGGACGAGGGCUACCGCACGGUGGCGCAGGGCACCAAGAAGGAGGGCUGCACCAUACUCUUCAUGGUACUUUACUUCUUCGGCAUGGCCAGCUCCAUCUGGUGGGUCAUCCUCUCCCUCACCUGGUUCCUGGCGGCCGGCAUGAAAUGGGGCCACGAAGCCAUCGAAGCCAACUCGCAGUACUUCCACCUGGCUGCCUGGGCCGUGCCAGCCGUGAAGACCAUCACCAUUUUGGCCAUGGGGCAGGUGGAUGGGGACUUACUGAGCGGGGUGUGCUACGUGGGCCUGUCCAGCGUGGACGCCCUGCGGGGCUUCGUGCUGGCGCCUCUCUUCGUCUAUCUCUUCAUCGGCACCUCCUUUCUCCUGGCUGGCUUCGUGUCCCUCUUCCGAAUUCGCACCAUCAUGAAACACGAUGGCACCAAGACUGAGAAGCUGGAGAAGCUCAUGGUGCGCAUCGGGGUCUUCAGCGUGCUCUACACGGUGCCAGCCACUAUUGUCCUGGCCUGUUACUUCUACGAGCAGGCGUUCCGGGAGCACUGGGAACGCACCUGGCUGCUGCAGACUUGUAAAAGCUAUGCGGUGCCCUGCCCCCCGGGCCACUUCCCCCCUAUGAGCCCGGACUUUACGGUCUUCAUGAUCAAGUACUUGAUGACCAUGAUCGUGGGUAUCACCACCGGCUUCUGGAUCUGGUCCGGCAAGACCCUGCAGUCGUGGCGCCGCUUUUAUCACAGACUCAGUCACAGCAGCAAAGGAGAGACUGCGGUAUGAACCGGUCCCCUCCGUCCUCCUCUCCACUUUCCCACCCCCCUCCAAAUCCGCUGCUGGGUGGAAGAGAGGCCGGGGAAAGAACUCGCAUUUGGGUUUUUUGUUUUGUUUUGAACUCCCUCCCCUCCUUCCCUUCACCAAAGAACCUAGUGCCGUCUUCAUUGGCGGAGGGGUGGGUCGAACAAGGGAGCCUUGAAUGUAAAGACUUUUAGGUCGCGGUGGGGAAAGACCUUUUGGAUACAGACUUCCACGAGAAUAAUAAUUUAAAAACCAUUUAAAGGUACGGUAGGACAUUGGUCCAGCAAAGAAAAUCCCGAAGAACAGAUUCUGAAGGCUCUCCCCUCUUAGGAGGCUGAACUCUGGAGCAGAACUGUUGGCUCUCUGCUCCGAGGAAAGUUGCUUGUCUAACUCCUGUGGUGCCCGGGUGAAAGGUAAAGCUGUGUCUGCUGCGGCUUUGUUGGGAGAAGGGAGGACCCCAUGCAGUGUCCUUGUCAAGCAGUGGUCAAACCAUAAUCUCUUUUCACUGGGGCCAAACUGGAGCCCAGAUGGGUUAAUUUCCAGGGUCAGACAUUAGUUUCUUCUAUCCAAUUCUCUCCCUCCCUCCCCCCAAUUCUGUUUCACUCCCUUACUCCUUUCAAGUCCUGUAAAAUAAGCAUUUGAAAAUCUUGAGAGGCAAUAAUUUUAAAUCCCAUUAUAAACGUAAAAAAAAAAAGAACCACACACAAAACAAAAUCUGGGUAGAGUUCCUAAAAAGAAACCGGCUGCUCUGGAUGCCUCAGCUAUAACUUUUCUAAGUCAAGUAUUAGCUUUUGCUUCCCCUCUUCCCCAAGUCACGACUUUAAAAUUUUUUUUUGAAGGGGAAUGGAGUGUUUGAUAAUAUUUUGUAUAUUGAAAAGCAACAAGUCACAACAUUCUUUUCACAAGCAGAAUGCUGCCACCCCCCUCCCCAAAAAAGCCUCCUUGUCUUUGUUGCCAGACACAAAAGAGGAAACAAAAAGGUGUCUGUGAGUGGAAAGAUAUAACUGAAGAGGGCAACUUUCAGAGACAAAGUAGCUCCCUUAAAAAAACAGAGAUUUACCCAUGGAUGUUAAUUUGGUAGAGAUGAACAUUCGCUUUCUGAAAAAAGGAAAAGGCAGUAUAUUUGCAUAGCCCCAUUUAAUCUGAAAUUUCUGAUUUAACUAAAAGAACCCCAAGGGUGCUUUUUGUUGUUCUUUCUUUCUUUCUUUUGGUUACCCUAUUUGUUUUAACCUGGGAAUUUAAUUCAGGACACCUGACAUAGCAAGCUCUGCUAAAAAGUUCACAGAAAUCCCUCCCUUUAUUUCCCUUCUCCUUAUAAGCCUGUAUUUAGUCUUUCUUUUUUCUAUUUGAACCUUUCUAGAUGAAAGGAAAAGCAUAAUGCCUUGAGUCCUGUGAUAAAGGAAAAGUUAAAAUCAGACAGAAGCAUUUUGUCCUGUUUUUUUUUUUUAGUUCCAUCUACAAAUCUGUUUUUAAAAUAUGUGUAUGCUGACUCUCAGACUUUUAUUUUUGUGGGGAAUUGUAAUCUGGAAAGAUGAGCUCUGUUAAAGUGAUUAAGAUUAAUCUCUUCUAAGACCAAAAGAAGAAAGUUCAUAUUGUGGGCCCCAUUUUUUAGGAAAAGUGAUUAAAAGGUAAACUUCAAAGUAAUUCCACAGUUCUUUUGAAAUGUAUGAGAUGGCUUAAGUUUAUUCAUCUUAAAUCAUUUUUGUUUUGUUUUUCUCAAAAGGAAUAAAAGGUGGAUUUUUUUGCAGAGUUUCCUGGAGUAGAACUUUCAUAGUUUUUGUCUAAUUGCUGAUUUUACAGAAUCCCAGAGUAGCCUUUUCUUGUCUCCACUGUCGGACACUGGCCUCCUAUCCUACUCUCCACAAUGUUUCCUAAGAGUAAUUAUGUAGAGGAUACUGUCACUACUUGGAAACUAACUUUAUAUAUGAAGUGCUGGAGAGUGGAACUGCCAUGUUAAUUAAAGGGAGGAAAAAGUGACAUUCUAGCCCUUAGAAUCUCCAAAUCAAAUCCUUAACAGAGCAUUUCCAGCUCUCAAACUGUGGCAUCAUUUGUGUUGUCUCUCUCAAGUGCAUGUGAAAAUUGUAAAAUAGAAGAGACAAUUGCAGUAUGUAUAUUUUGUAAAUCUCCCAUUUUUGUAAGAAGAUAUAUAUUGUAUUUAUACAUUUUUACUUUGGAAUUUUUGGGUUUUGCCUCAGAAAGUCUAUAAAUGAGGCCUCCACUUUACCACAUGUACAGAUCACAAAUAAAUUUUUUUAAAAAAGGUAAA